AUGGACAGCAUGGAGCUUGGCGAGCUGGGCGCGGCAACUCUCGGGUCGCGCCUGAGCGAGGAACGUCGAGCGACGAGGGAGGGCGACGAUGCGCGCGAGACGGCCGAACAGCAGGACGUGCGCGAUAGUCUCGAGGGCGACAUGGGCGUCGGACGGCUCGACGCAGCUUCGCCGGGUAUCGCUGCCCGUCCACCUCGACCCGACUUCAUCGACCUCGCCCUCCCCGACCUGCACCUCCCCGACCCAGCUCUCGAGGUUCCCGCUGCAGCGUCUGUGCUGGGUCGCUCGGACCUGCGCAAGCGGCCGAGCAACCCUUCGACGGUUCCAGCGUCCUCGCCUCCCCUUCGCACACACUUUCACCUGUCCGGCUCUCCGCCUCUUCCCUCUUCCGUCCCGCUCAGACCCAUCCUUCAGAACCCGACGUCGCCAUCGACUCGACCUGCGGACCAUGUCGGGCCUCGCCCGCAUCUGCCUGAGCGUCCCAGUUCUCCAACAUUCGCGUCUCGCGAGGACGACGAGCCGCACCCGGAAGGUCUGCCGCACCGCGAGAGGCGCACUCCGCAUCCGCUGUAUACGCCGGCACCUCGCAAGAGGCGGAGGCGGCGGAGAAAGGCAGAAUCUGUGGCGUCGGGCAGGACGGGCAAGUCGAGUCGUUCUGCACGGUCGAAAGUCAAGCAUGCGUUGCGGAAGGUUCGGCGGCGCGCACGGCGUACAUCGAUGGCGACGGGUGCAUCCGUCACAUCUGGCUCGUCGUCAUCGUCAUCGUCGACGACCACCACGACCACAUCAGGCUCCUCCCGUUCAUCCACCGCCGGGUCGACCCGUUCGAGCUCGACUUGGGCAGGGUGGCGGUUCUGGCGGAACUCGUCGUCUGGCUCUUCGUCUUCCGGCGACGACGACUCGGAUACGGAUUCCGAGUGGGACCCGCCAACGCCGCACUUCACGCUCCUCACGCCAAUCCUCUCCCGUCCGACUCUCGCUUACCCCGCGCACCUCUUCUCCGGCGCGACCGGGUCUACGAUGCCCACUCCCGCCGCUGCCACGCCUGGCCCAGCUUCUGGCUUCGCCACGCCUGGCCCGAGCGACUCGCCAUCCGCACCCGUCUUCGAGCUCUCGACAUCUUCCAAUCUCGGGCCCGCCCUCGAACGCCUGCAGGCGUUUUGGUCUGAGCGUCAGCAGGAAGACGGGUUAGCGGGCGACAUCGGCGCAGGCGUUGCUGGAGCAGCGACGCAGCCGGUGCCAACCGAUGAAGCGAGCUACUUCCCCGAUAACCCGACUGCCUACGUCGAGGAGGGUCAGGGAAAUGGCUACGCGAACGAUGCAGCAAUGCCGGCGGUUACUCCCGGCGUUUCUGGCGGACCUUCGAACAAGCGAUUGCGGGGCCAGCAGCGAACUGCGCGGGCGGAGGAGCGGCGGCUAGGCAAGAACCGUGCGCUGGAGAACGGACCGGCGUGGUGGCUUGAUAUCAUGUGCCCUUCGGUAGCCGACAUGCGCGAGUUGCGGAAGCUCGUCCCGCUUCAUCCCCUUACGAUUGAGGAUAUUCUGCACCAGGAGACGCGCGAGAAGAUGGAGUCGUUCGCCGGCCUCGGCUACUACUUCAUCGUUUUUCGAGCCCUCGACGAAUCCUACUUUCGCUACACUUCCCCGUCUGUCUCGGCUACAUCAUCGCCUAGUACUUCCGCCGCGGACGAGUCCGACGGAACCACCGAGACGGCUGAGAAGGCAGAUGCAGCGUCGCUUGCGGCGAUGGGCUUUUCGUCGGGUCGCCGAGGACGAGUCGACAUUGUCGAGGGCGUUGGCGGCAAGGAGGGAGUCGAGGGUGUCGGUGUCGGCGCUAUCAACUUGUAUCUGAUCGUCUUCGGCGACGGCAUCAUCUCGUUCCACUUCGAGCCGAUCGACCAGCACAUUGAGCGCGUCCAGGGCAAGCUCCAGCAGUUCGGCAUCUCGCGCAACUUCUCGUCGCGGAAGGGCUUGCAGCCUCCCCACCCUCCAACACGAUCCGCUCAUUCUUUUUCUCGCGCAGACUGGAUCGCCUACAGCCUCAUGGACUCGAUGGUCGACGCGUUCUUUCCGUUGAUGGACUUCAUCGAGGGCGAAUCAAACGAAGUGGACGCCUACCUCGCCGACCCGCGCGACCAGCACAGCGUCAACCCGAAACUCGCCCUUUCCGGUGUCGGCGUCGUCGCCGGCCGCAAGAUUUUCGAUGAAAGCGUUGUCAGCAUCGUCGUUGAGGAGCCGGCGGAUGGAGACAAGGACAAGCUGGAAAGCGAUGCCUCGGUCGCGUCCAUCAAGCGAGCGACUGUGACGAGGCGGGCGCCGACGACCGUCUUUCGUUUUCUCCCCAUCGUCCCGCUUCCAGGCGGACUCCUUCGCAUCUUGCCGCGCAGCUGGACCCGACAGACGACCCGCAAGUUCGCCUCGACCAUGCUCGUCGACCACGAAGGCAUCGAGCUCCAGACGCUGUCGCGGCAGACGCCCGUCGAUGCCGGCUUUGUUCCGCCCGCCAUGAGGGUCUCAGACCACCGCCUCGUCUCGAGCAGCAAAUUUGACCGCGCCGUCAUGCUUAAGCGCAUCACCGACGUGCGCAGACUGGUCGUCGGCCUGAGCAGGCUGCUCGGCCCGAAGACGGACGUCGUGCGGGGCUUGCGCAAACGAACGAUGGAGGAGAACCUCGGCUUGUUCAAGGGCGACGUCAAGCACGACAUUGCCGUCUACCUCGGCGACUUGCAAGACCACAUUGUCGCCAUGCAGCAGUCCCUGGUCUUCUACGACGCCAUCCUUGCGCACGACCACCCCGCAUACCUUUCCGUCCUGCGCCUCUCGCUCGAGCACGCCAAACGAGGAACCGACAUGGCCCUCGUCAAGCUCUACAUCGUGACCCUCACCUUCCUCCCCAUCAACAUCGUCACUUCGCUCUUCUCGAUCAACCCGCACCGCCCGCAGAACGGCGACGAGAACCACCUUAACCCGGACGGCACGCCCGCCCCGUACACCUGGUUCGGCGGCGUCAUUGUCAUUGUCUUCGCCGUCGCUGUCCUCAUCUGGGCCUUCGUCUGGUUCAUCUUCCGCUCUAGCCGCCGCGCACGCAAGAAGCGCGGGUCGCCCAUGCGUUAA